UGCAAUUUGUUUAUCAGUAAUCCUGCACCAUAGAUCAAAACCCAUGCUGGCAAGAUCACCUCAAUUUUCCCAAUGGCGAAUUUGUUUGCCCACCACAUGUAAAGGUGGCAAAGCCAGGAUAGCAAGUUUGCCACGUUCCAAUCGAAUUUCCCAGGUAGUUUGCACUGCGAUAUUUUUCAGCGGCUGCCGCGUCCAACGUGGUUGGAGAUCGCGCAGCCUGCUCAACAAAGGUAGUUUUCGAAAGAAUGCAAGUUUAAAGGCGGCAGAAGAGGGUGUGGAAGCUGGAAACCUUGUGGAGGACAUUGUGUUGACGGACCUCAAAACGAAGAAGUAUCAAGGUCGAGUCAGAACACGUUUUCCUCCUGAACCCAACGGCUUCCUUCACAUAGGCCAUGUGAAGUCUAUUUGCCUCAAUUUUGGAAUAGCAGAGAAGUUUGGGGGCUCUUGCAACCUCCGAUUCGAUGACACCAAUCCCGAGAGUGAAAAGCAGGUCUACAUUGACAACAUCAAAGAAGAUGUGAGGUGGCUUGGAUUUGAAUGGGAUGGUUCCGAGAGGUAUGCCUCUGACUAUUUUCAGCAGCUGUACAGAUGGGGAGAGGCAUUUAUCGACCGAGGACUCGCUUAUGUAGAUGAACUCAGCGCAGAGGACAUCUCAGAAUAUCGAGGCUCAGUGACAAGGCCGGGCAAAAACAGUCCCUUCCGGGACCGGCCGGCGGAAGAAAGCCUGGAACUGUUUCGCCAAAUGAGGGCGGGUGGCAUGGCCCAGGGGUCUGCAGUGCUGCGGGCCAAGAUUGACAUGAGCCAUCCAAAUGUCAUCAUGCGGGAUCCCAUCAUGUACCGAAUUCUUCCUGACACACCUCAUCCUCGAACUGGCAAUGAGUGGCCAAUCUACCCUUCCUACGACUGGGCACAUGGUUUGUCCGAUGCGAUUGAGGGGGUCACGCACUCUGUGUGCACAUUGGAAUUCAACAUGCACAAUGAACUUUACAAUUGGUUUAACGAAAAGGUCCUCAGUCUGGACGACGACUCCUUGCCAUUGUGCCGUCCACCUGACGCACUUCCAAGGCACCUGGAUUGCGCCGUCCACCAGCAUUCCAAGCACAGCAGAGCACAGCGCAGUGGGAGGCAGCACGAGUUCGCCCGACUGGAGAUGACGAAUAUCGUCGUUUCGAAACGGAAAUUGAAGAGGUUGGUGGAGGGAGAAUACGUUGAUGGCUGGGAUGAUCCUCGGAUGCCGACCAUCUCUGGCAUGCGGCGGCGAGGCUAUCCCCCUGCUGCUUUGCGCAAGCUCUGUGAGCUCAUCGGCGUAACCAAGGUUCCUACCAGCGUGAUUGAGUUGAGCCUCCUCGAGAAUUGCGUCCGUGAUGCAUUACAGGAGACCGUGGCGGCAAAAGCACUGUGUGUCCUUCGCCCUCUACCUGUGACCAUAACGAAUUGGUCUGGUGAGGAUGAGCUUCUGGAGGUGCCAGGUGAUGAAGCCCGACAGAUGCACUUUGGCAAGGAGAUUCUGUUGGAUGCAGAGGACUUCCAAGAAGACCCAGAACCGAACUUUAAGCGACUUGCACCAGGAAGAAAGGUGAAGCUCCGCUACAGCUAUGUGAUCACUUGUGACGAGGUCAUUCGAGGUUCCGAUGGAGACAUCAAGGAGCUUCGCUGCUCUUACGACCCGGAGUCUUUGGGGAAGAGGCCGCCGAAGAAAGUGGCGGUGAUCCACUGGGCUCAUGCUACACAGUCAGCACCUGUCACUGUGCGGAUGUAUGACAAUCUCUUCUCCGAUGCGCGGCCGGAGGAAGCAGGUGACUUUCUUGAUGCGCUCUCGGGAGACUCCUGCAAAGAGCUGACCAGUGCCCGAUGUGAGCCCAGCAUUUCAGCGAUGUGGAAAAAACACCAGGAGGAGUCUGAGGAUCCAAUCUUCAGAGUCCAGUUUGAGCGAUGUGGCUUUUUUGCACUGGAUCGGAAGGCUACAGAAGCCACGUCCAGAAUGGUUUUCAAUUGCACAGUCACACCAAGGAGUGAUUUUGCAAAGCCCAAGGGUAGAGCGAGGCAAAAGGCCAAGUGAUAAUUGAGCAUUGGAUGCGUGAGAGCAAGCUUGCUGACCAGUUUGUCACCAUAGCCGCUGCGCCUUGCUAUUGCGCCUUGCUAUUGAUCGCUUGGAUAAAACGUCCAUUGUCGAUUACAGGUUUUGCC